AUGCCCGUUUCAAAAGACAACCAAUUCUGGGAUGCGCUAAUGGAGAACAAGGUGGCGAAGAAGCUGAUAAAGAAGCAUAAGAAUAAAGUGAAACUCGAGAAUGUCGACGAGCUUGCGAAACGCUACGAUAUUUCGAAAAGCGAAGUCGAAAAGGUACCCGCCAUUCGUUUUCUGAUUUUCGCGGUUUACACGAUCUUUCAAUUAAUGGAUGACGAUGGCUCGGGAACAAUCUCGUCAACCGAGGUCGCUAAAAUGCUCAAUGAGCUUGGAAUAGACGUCUCGCCAAAAGUGGUUCAGGCAGUGAUGAGAAGCAGUGAUGUGAGUGGAGAUGGACAAAUCGAUUUUGAGGAAUUUCUAGCAGCAAUCACCUCGAAGAUCAAGCUCAACAAUUGCAAGGCAGAUGUGAAGGUGAUGCUCUCGAAAUUGGACAGCAAUCGAGAUAAGAUUCUAUCUGCUGAAGAAUUGGUGGUGGCUUGGAGCGAAACCAUCUCAACCAACAUCACCGUCAAAGAAGCUUGUGCUCUUAUUCAACAGGCCGACACGAAGGGAAGAGGCGUCGCGACCAUCAAUGAGAUCAUCACAAUGUGCCAAACCGUUUAA